AACUUCCCUUCCCUUUCACGGCCAAUCUCUCCAUAGUAUCUCUCUCUCACCCUGAAAUAUAUUAUUUUUCUCCACUUUCUCUACAUAACGCCAGGAAAACGCCCUCCUGCUCUGUUCCAAAAAACCUGUUUCUCUCUCUUAGUGGGUCUUUGCUUUUUCUUUGAUUACCACCACGGUGGUAUAUUAUCGAGAGGGUAAUAGAAAGGAGAAAUGGGUUCUUGUGCGUCUGUAAAUAGGAGUUCAACAGAGCCGGCCAUGAAACUGCGAUUCUCAUUUAGUUCCAGAACUGACAAGCUUGUGAUUCCCCCUUCACCCAUUAAGGAUAAACCAGUCCGUGAAGAAACUCUGGUCAACGGUGUCAAGGGCUCCUUUGCGGACUAUGGUAGUAAAGACGAAACAUUUUUCGAUUCCCAACCUUGGCUGGAUUCAGAUUGUGAAUCUGAUUUCUACAGUGUCAAUGGUGAUUUUACCCCAUCUCGUGGCAAUACACCAGUUCAUCAUAAGUUCUCCGUAGAUACUACUAAUAGAGUCAACAAAACACUUUUGGAUAAAGCCGCUUCUGUGUCUCCAUCCCCUGGAGAGAAGAAAAAGAAACUGUCUGAUUUUUUUCAUGAGAGCAGAGAUGACCAAGAUGAUACUUCUUACGCGUCUGUUCCCAACUCUGCCUGUGGUAGUGAGUGGACUGCCAACGGGGAUGCCCUGAUUAAGGAGAAAUCAAUGAAGUCUACACCGUGUUGCCUUCCGGGAUUGCUCUCAUGCCGUAGUUUUAGCGAGAGGAAGAAGACGAGCCCUACUAUAGCUGUAGAUGAGAAGCCUUAAUUUUGAUUAUGUAGCCCCCUGAGUUCAGUAUAUGAAGCGAUGACUGAUGCAUAUAACUUGGAUAAUUUUUAGGACAACCCGACAAUCCCGGCUUGAGAAUCACUCUCUUUUGUCAAUCCCGAGGCUUAUGAUAUUACUGUAUUUUUAUGUAAUAAGAGGAAAGGAGAGAGAACAGGACACCUAAUUUGCCUUAAUAAUGAAGGUAUAUACAUAUAGAUCUUGAAUGCA